AUGGAGUCCGUUAGUACUCACUUACUGCAAGAUGUUCAAACUCAUAAUUUGACCGGCGGACAAGGGUUGAUCAUGAGUCAGGUGACAGACCCAGACGGUAUUUCUACACAGAUGGUGGAUAAGUGUCACCGAGUCAAGAUGUGGCAGCAAACUAAUUAUCUUUCGGAUUCUGGUAUUCAUAGUGCUGUUGGGACGCAUACUCCAAGCAUUAGUAGCAAGGUCGAGUGUGAUGACACCGAACUAGACGAUCGUUAUUUUACUCAAAAAGCUGGUCAUUUACCUCAGUGGUCAUCAUCUUUUCCACUUUCUGUCAACCCUUCAGACUCAUGCCUUUUGUCUCCUGCUACUCCUAGCACAAGUAGUAUUUUAGGUGUGGACUCCUUAAGCGAUGUUGGUGGCUCUCAUUCAGCAAGUAAUGUUGAUUUGCGAGGAAACAAACUACCAGAAAUUGAUACAGAUGAAGCUGCAGGAGCCAUACCAGAACUUGUCAAACUGAUCAAAGAUGAAGAUGACCAAGUUAUUAUCUACCAGUCAUCAAUGAUGGUUUUCCAGUUAAGCAAGUCAGAAGCAAUCGAUGCCCUCAUAAAGUCCAGAGAUAUGAUAGACUGUAUCAUAUCCGCUCUGGAUCGAACAGAAGAUCCAGAAACAGUUCGUUUUCUUGCUGGUACAUUAUAUAACAUCUCACAGAUGCAACCCGGGCUCAAGGCAAUAUUUGCGGCACAAUGUGUUCCCUGUCUUGUCAAACUUCUAAAUUCGCCGGUGGAGUCAGUUUUGUUUUAUGCCAUAACCACACUACACAAUCUUUUACUUCAUCAAGAUGGGGCAAAAGCCGUUGUAAGACAAAGUGGCUGUUUACAAAAAAUGACUGCCUUAUUGCGUAAAAAUAACAUUAAAUUUCUCACCAUAUGUACUGACUGUUUACAAAUACUGGCUUAUGGUCAUCAGGAAAGCAAACUGCAAAUUUUAUGCAGCGGAGGACCUGUGGAACUAGUUCGAAUAUUAAGGACGUAUCAGUAUGAAAAGUUACUUUGGACCACAGCUCGAGUUCUAAAAGUAUUAAGUGUAUGCGCGUCAAACAAGCCAGCUAUUAUUGUCGCUGGAGGAAUGGAUGCUUUAGCAAAGCACUUACAUAGUUCAAGUCAUCGAUUAGUAUUAAAUUGCCUUUGGGCACUCCGCAAUUUAUCCGAUGCUGCUACGAAAAUGGAUAAUCUUCAACCUCUGUUACACUCACUGGUUCGUUUAUUGGAUUGCGGUGAUAGUAGUAUGGUUACAUGCGCAGCGGGGAUCCUCUCUAAUCUCACAUGCAAUAACCACGCAAAUAAAUUUAUUGUUUUUAAGAUGGGUGGUGUAGAGGGGCUUCUGCGUGCGGUCAGUCAACCUGUUGUCAAAGAAGAUAUCCUAGAGCCAUGUAUGUGCGCUUUGCGACAUUUAACAAGUCGUCAUGAAGAAGAAGAAACAGCAAGACAUGCCUUAGUUCAUGAACUCAAUGGUUUGCCGAUUAUCGCUCGGAUUUUACAUGCGGCAACAGCUGGUAUUUGUCCUGAUCUUGGUUUAGUCUGUCAGCAUCCUCAGAACCCAGUGGUAUCGUGGAUGCUUGUUAAAGCUAUGGUCGGCCUUUUACGCAAUCUAUCUGUUACUUUGGACAGUCAUUUUGGUAUGCGUGAGUGUGGACUUGUCACUGGUUUGUUUCUACUACUUUACGCAACACAGUAUGAAAUAAUAAAGCGUUCUGUUUCUGCUACUUCUGGGUCUCAUCCUACAUUCUCAACAGUAGUGCAAAGUGUUAGACUCGAGGAAAUCGUGGAGGGGAUUUGUGGUGCACUUCAUAUGCUAGCGAAGGAUCAUGCUACUCGAUCAUAUCUAGCUCUACUAAAGGCUCCAGCUUUGAGUAUCACUCCAAGCAUUCAGUCUGGCUCUUCUGGUCUUGCGAUAUUCGUCGAACUUCUCCAUUCGCCUCAUGAAUCCAUUCAGCGUGCAGCAGCUGGCGUCCUCGCAGAGGUUUCACAAGAUCGUGAUGGCCUUGAAGCCUUAGCUACUUUACCUGGAGCAGGUUCAAGGUUCGAUGAACUAGUUCGCUCUAGAAAUGAAGCUAUCUCAACUUAUGCAUCUGCGGUAGUCAUCCGAUUAGCUGAAGAACGCAGAGGCUUAGGCAGCAACCCGUACAUUUUCCCAUCUCAUAUAGAAUCUCUAAAUACUCCACCUUUACCUAUGGAUACAGGAGAAAUUUAUCAUAUACCUCCUGUUCAUCAUCCGGGGGGUAAUUCGCAUUCUGAGAUGCCUUCGUUACCCCACCAUGGGAGUUGGAACCAUGGUUCAUUACAAGCUCAUCCUCAGGAACCUGGAAACACGUGUAGUAGCUCCUCUAAUUCAUUAAUGGAGAUGCUCGGACCAUUUCCACCUGGUUGCAAAGGUUCUGUAUGCAAUGAUUGUUGCUCUUACUGGGGUGAUUGUGAUCCUCCUGGAAAUUGUUCUGAUCCAAAUUGUAUUUAUAACAGUAAUAAUAAUAACAAUACUAAUCAACCAGCUGGAACUUAUUCUGAAUUACAACCAGUAAAAUUAUACCACCACAAUAUUCGCCCAUCAAGUCGUACUGGGUUUGUGGAUUGUGGCAAUACAUAUCCUGUAGGAUCAACAUUUGUCUCAUCAUCUGUUCAAAAUAUUGACAAUACUCACCAGUUACAAGGAUCUAAUCCUGUAUUACAAACUGGAAUGAAUAUGGCACCACGUAGAUCGUGUGUUGGAAGUAUCAGUUCAAGUGGUUAUUUAAGUCCUGGUGGUGAUAUGUUUUUAAAUCCUUCACCUUCAGACUACAAAUCAUUUCAUGAAGAUAAUCAAGGUAUUUUAAGGUCAUCAUCACUUUUAGAUCAACAAUCACAUGGUGUUUCAAACAGUUCAUCUGUAAUACCAUCACAAAAUAUUAGUGCUGGUUAUCUUAGUCCUGAUUUAAUGGUUUUAGAAGAAACUAAUCCUGAUUGGUUUGGUGGAGGUCAUGGAGUAAUGUGA